AUGUAUGCAUCAAGAAAUGGUGAUCUUGAUGUUGUUAAAUAUCUUAUAUCAGUUGGAGCUGAUAUAGAAGCAAAGUCAGAUGAAGAAUGGACUCCACUAAUUUUAGCGUCAUAUAAUGGUCAUCUUGAUGUUGUUAAAUAUCUUAUAUCAGUUGGAGCUGAUAUAGAAGCAAUGAAUAAUAAAGGAUCUACUUCACUCAUUGAGGCGUCAAGAGAAGGUCAUCUUGAACUUGUUAGAUAUCUUAUCUCUGUUGGAGCUGAUAUAGAAACACAAGACGAAGAUGGUUACACUCCACUCUCAUGGGCAUUAAUCCAUUCAUGCGAGGAAAUUGCUCAAUAUCUUAUCUCAGUUGGAGCAAAUAAAGAAGUAAAGAAUAAUAAAGGAAGGACUCCACUCAUUUGUGCAUCAAAAUCUGGUAAUCUUGAAUCUGUUAAAUAUCUUAUCUCUAUUGGAGCCAAUAAAGAAGCAGAGGAUGAAUGGGGAUAUACUCUACUCAUUAUAGCAUCAUAUAAAGGUCAUCUUGAAGUUGUUAAAUAUCUUAUCUCUGUUGGAGCUGAUAAAGAAGCAAAGAGCAAAAAUGGAUAUACUCCACUCAUUUGUGCAUCAAAACAUGGCAAACUUGAUGUUGUUAAAUAUCUUAUCUCUAAUAAAGCUGAUAAAGAAGCAAAAGAUGAUUAUGGAUAUACUCCACUCAUUCGGGCAUCAAAAGAAGGUCAUCUUGAAGUUGUUAAAUAUCUUAUCUCAGUUGGAGCUAAUAAAGAAGCAAAGAAUAAUGAUGGAUCUACUCCACUCAUUAAGGCAUCAUAUUGGGGUUAUCUUGAAGUUGUUAAAUAUCUUAUCUCUGUUGGAGCUAAUAAAGAUGCAAAGGAUAAUGAAGGUUAUACUCCACUCAUUUGGGCAUCAAAAAAUGACGAACUUGAAGUUGUUAAAUUCCUUAUCUCUGCUGGAGCUAAUAAAGAUGCAAAGGGUAACGAUGGAAACACAGCAUUAUCAGUUGGAGCGUCCAACACAAGAGAAUAUUUAAAAACUGUUAAAAAUUCUAUUCUCCAAAAAAGCCGCCCUUUGAAAGGAAAAUUAAGUUCUCCAAUUAAUACUUUUUGA